CCAAAGCCUCUACUCAGACUACAGGAGGAAAAAAAAAUCACACCAUCAGCCCCUCUCGUUCUGUAUAUGGACCACCCUCCAGUGUCCUCUUCCAGUUGACAAUUUCUGCUGGUGCCAUAGCAUAGUGUGCAGGCCGUUAAUCUCAAUGAGAACAAAGUCAGAGGGAGACUGGGAGUGAGGAGAUGGGAAUGGAGAACCAGCAGAGGAGGCACGCGUGAGACACCGAGCUGGGUUCUACCUGCAGCUCUUGGACCACUGAUUGAUCUCACUGACACAGAUCUGUAUGUUUUUUUGAUAACGCAUAGAGGAAACACCAUGGGACCUGGAAUGUGGACCGUAUUUAUUCUGCUUGGUCUGUCCCUCUGGAGCAACAGUCAAGCCUUUACCAAGAACCCCAUCCUCUCCCGGAUAAGAAGGGCCCCAGAGGCCAAUGGAGAAAACAAAAAGUGCUCUUACACCUUUCUGGUCCCCGAGCAGAAGAUCACAGGCCCCAUCUGUGCCACCCGUGGUUAUUCAACCGACAAGGAUCGAGUGACACGCCUGGAUGUGGCCUCGGUGCGCGACCUGCUGUCUAAGCAGCGUCGGGAGAUGGAAACUUUGAAGCUGGUGGUGGACGUCGAUGGCAACUUGGUGAAUGAGAUGAAGCUGCUGAGGAAAGAGAGCAGAAACAUGAACUCCCGAGUGACCCAGCUCUACAUGCAGCUGCUUCAUGAGAUCAUCCGGAAGAGGGACAACUCGCUGGAGCUGGCUCAGCUGGAGACACGCAUCCUCAACGCCACCACCGAGUCGCUGCGCCUGGCAUCCCGUUACAGGGAACUGGAGGCCAAAUAUGCAGCCCUGUCAGCAAUAGUGAAUAACCAGUCAGUGGUUAUAGGAGCACUGGAAGAGCGCUGUAUGCAGGUGUAUAGUCGUAGGCAUGAGCAUCCGCCUCUUGGACCUCCACUGGUGCAGGUGGUGCCUGAGAACAUUCCAGUCAAUGUGCCACGUUUCACCAACGAAAUUCAGAGGUUCGCACGGGAACGAGGCUCUCGUUCUGGUCCGUCACCCACAAGCGGUACCCUGGAAGCCCAGAAACCUCCACAGAGAAACUUCAGCGCAGAAGGCCCAUUCAGAGACUGUCUUGCAGCACAGGAGGCUGGCUACAGCACUAGUGGCAUGUACCUAAUCAGACCAGAUGAAGCUGAGAGGCCAGUGCAGGCCUGGUGUGAACAGGACAUAGACAACGGCGGCUGGACUGUCAUCCAGAGCAGAAGGGAUGGUUCAGUUAACUUCUUCAGGAACUGGGAAAACUACAAGAGCGGCUUUGGCAACAUAGACGGAGAGUACUGGCUCGGCCUAGAAGGCAUCUACGGCCUCGGAAGGCAGGGGGACUACAAGCUGCUAGUGGAGCUGGAGGACUGGAUGGGCAAGAAGGUUUACGCUCAGUACAGCAGCUUCCACUUGGAGCCAGAGAGCGAAGGCUACCGCCUGAGGCUGGGCACCUACCAGGGCAAUGCUGGGGAUUCUCUGAGCAGCCACAACGGCAAACAGUUCACUACUCUGGAUCGAGACAAAGAUGCUUUCUCAGGUAAUUGUGCCCAUUUCCAUAAAGGAGGCUGGUGGUACAACGGAUGUGGCCAAACCAAUCUCAACGGUGUCUGGUACAACGGAGGCGUCUACCGUAGCAAAUACCAAGAUGGUAUCUUCUGGGCCGACUAUGGCGGAGGUUUCUACUCAAUGAAGUCUGUCCGCAUGAUGAUCAGGCCCAUAGAUUGAGAAGAAUGCAUAAGCCAGGCUGGUCAAGGGGCAGCUAUGUAGGCCAGGGCAAACUUGACUCCAUCUACAUUGAGCCCAGCUUGAAGAUGGAGUUUACCAAUCGUCAGACAGUGACCUGAACUCUCUGCUAUAAAAGACACAGAUUCUGCUUGUUCUCCUUUUGAUAUCAUAGCUGACUCAAACAUAGAUGGAUUUACCAUAUUCCUAUAAGACUGCUCAUAGGAAGCCAUACUGCUCCUUUAACCACCUAAUGUGUAUGACCGAGAAGGUGAAUUAAGAGUAUAUGCCUACGUUUUUCACUAAAAUAAUGGUAGCUGUCUCUCUGAUUAAGAAACCACAAUGUUUUCUUAUUAGUAUAUAACUUCAUGGGGCAGAGAAGCCACAUCAUAAAGGAACUUCAGCGGCUGUGAUUUCAUUCCCACGGUUAGCAUCGCAGGCUCUUAAUGCAGCUCGUCCUACCUCGCCAACAUAAACGUCUGGAGGAAACACACGUAUACGGCAUUUAACUUCCUAUAGUUGCUGGUAGCUGGAAAAGAUAUUUUGUUACUACGUUAUAGAUUUAUCUGGGCUCUGUAUUCACUUCCAGAUGUGAAAGAGCAACACAUUAAUGAGUUGGAGUUUAUACAUUUGAUUACAUGGAAAGAGUGGCGAUUUUAUUUUUAAUCCCUACACUUAAAAUGACCUCUAUACUGCAUGUUAAAGUACUUUGAGUGCAGAAGACCAGAAAGGAUAAUUUAUGUGUAUAAUUAAGUUAUCAUUACAGUGAAAGGGGCCAGGUGUCCUGAGGGAAAUAGUAAAUGAUCCUGAAGAAAAUAGGACUAAUUUCCUGCACUGUACGUGACAAUCAUUCUCCAAGUGUGCUUAGACGUAUGGAAAUUUGUUUUAUAUGUUUUUCUCAUUUGGCUGUUGAUUAAACUUGAGUAUGACUCUGUGAAAUACAAUCAUUGUUGGGAGGGGGAAUA